AUGAAGUUUUCUAGAUCAACCUCAACUCAUCUUACUAAUUUAUCAUUUAGGUCAAAUAAUCUUAGCACUGUUUAAACACCUUAAAGUAAUUCACGUUUGAGUGAGGUCAAUAAUAAAAUUGAUGAUUUAUUAAAAAAGUCAUCAACAUAGAUUGAGAAAUAAGAAUUUAAAUUUUCAUCUCAAGAAAGAAAGAUUAAUUAAAGUUAAAGUUCUCUUGUUAUUGAAUAAAUAUAAAAAGAAAAAAAAUAAUUGUUGACAAUCCUAUUAUAGAAGGAUAGCAUUAUUAGAGAUUAGUAGAAUAAGAUUGCAUAAUUAGAUUUAUAGAAUAAGAAUUUAAUGAAAUAAUUACGAUAAUUUACUAAUCUACAACCAUAAAUAGAACAAUUGGAACAAUAAUGUUAAUAAAUUAUUAAGCAAAAUGAAUAACUGAAAUAUGAGAAAAAUCAAAUAUAAACAUCUCUUAAUUAUUUGAAAUGCUAAAAUAUUUAAGUAAUAAGUCACGAAUUAAAGAAUUCCUUGUAAUAAUUACAUUAAUAGAUAAAGAAAUAUUAUAUAUGCAGUUAUAAAGAAGACUAUUAUAAUUUAGAGUAAAGUAGAAUGACUCUAAGAAUGAGCGACUUAGAUUUCUAUACAAUCCUAAGGGAAUGUUUAGAUUGCAUUUUAUUUAUGAUUAAAAAUACUGAUUAUCCGAUAGAAUAAUAUCUAAAUAGAAAUACUAAAAUUUGA